AUGCCGAACUCAAACCAUGCGAGCUUCUCGACCUAUUCCUCGCGGACGUCCGACUCGUCCCAGGGCACCUCCACCUCGACCCUGUUCCCCCCGCCACCCCUGCCGACCUCGGCUCCUCCUGCCAACGGCGGGCCCAUCGAAGCCGCCAACAAUGUCCUCAACAAACGCGGCGACAAAGAGGCCUCGCUGUUCAUGAUUUGCUUGACAUUGUCGCGUCGACUGCGCACCGUGCCCGGCUUCGCGGACAUCAUGCGCGAAGAGGAGGAAGCCGCCGACGAGGACACUGACCCAGUCACAUUGCUGUGGAGGACAUUCCGCAAGGGCUAUCCCUUGAUGACCAUCUACAAUGCCCUCGAUCCCGACGUGCGCCUCGAGGUUGACAAGAACAAGGUGUCGGAAAAGAAGCGCGAACAGGCGGCAACCUACAAAUUCCUGUCGGCAUGCAUCAAUUCGCUCAAGUUCCCCUCGGAUGAGUGUUUCGUCAUCAGCGACCUGUACGGCGACGACACGACCGGCUUUGUCAAGGUGGUCAGGGUCGUCAACCGCGUCCUCGACAUUCUCACCAAGGAAGGCAUUAUCUGCGGCGACAUGGGUAACGGAGACGGUGCCGAUUCCGACACAACCACUACGACGAAGCGGACCCAGCGCCAACACAUCAUCGAUGAGCUCGUCAAGACCGAACGAACCUACGUGCAGCAUCUCGAGCUCCUGCAAGAGUUCAAAAAGCUAGUGGAAGAGAGGGGAAUAGUCACCGGCGAUGCUGUCCACUCCAUCUUCCUCAAUCUAAACGCCUUGCUCGACUUCCAACGCCGCUUUUUGAUCCGCGUCGAGCAGACGAAUGCGCAGCCAGAGUCGGAGCAGAACUGGGGCAGGCUUUUUGUGCUAUACAAGGAAGCGUUCAAGGUGUACGAGCCGUACAUUGCGAACCAGAAAAAAUGCGAAGAGACGGCAAUGGCAGAGUUUGAAAAGUUGAAGGAAACCGGCGGCACUGCAGAGCUUCGACAAAUGGUCGAAUCGCCGACUCAUUUAACAUCAUUCUUGCUCAAGCCUUUCCAGCGUCUUGCCAAGUAUCCUUUGCUUUUAAAGGAGCUUAGGGACAAGGGUGAUCUCGAUGAGGAAAGGCGUGACGACAUCUCUACCGGUAUCGAAGCCGCUUCUGCUGUGCUAAAGAGAACGAACGAAGCUGUCGACUUGGAAGACCGCAAAGAAGCACUUGAGGAAUUGAAGAGCCGCGUUGAAGACUGGAAGGGUCAUCGCAUCGAAGGGUUCGGAGAUUUACUGCUCUACGGCACCUUUACCGUUCUUAAGGGCGAUGGAGGAGGCGGCAAGGACCAAGAGCGAGAGUACAAAAUCUUCCUGUUCGAAAUGAUUCUGCUCUGUUGCAAGGAACUCAAUCCCAACAAGCAGAAGAACAAGCUCAUGAGCAACAAGCAACUAUAUGACAAGAGGGGAAAGCCCAAGUUGCAGCUCAAAGGGCGCAUCUUCAUGCAGAACGUUACCGACGCGAUCUCAACAGCGAAGCCAGGAUCCUACACCUGCCAGAUCUUUUGGAAAGGCGAUCCCGGUAUCGAGAACUUCGUAAUCCGAUUCACGACCGAGGAGACACUGAAGAAAUGGGUUCACCAAGUCGAUCAACAGAGGAGGCAGUUCAAGGACACUCAAAGAUCGAGCAGUACCACCAAACAUUCGACGACAUCAGCAACAGAAUUCACCUACAUCAGAGAUCAAGGUCCCAUCGAAAACCCGUAUGCCGAAAACGACGAAGACGAUGAAAUAGACGUUGCCGAAGUCACGAGCGGCUAUCCUGGGCAGACGGAUUAUUCUCUUGCACAGAGCGAGUCGACUAUCACCGGCCGAGCCCGAUCGGCUACCGGCGAGAGUGGUGUCAACCCUCUAGAUACAUCUCGGCCUUCCGAGCCCACAGGUGCGAAUAACCGCGCUCCGCCACCUCGAUUCCCCAUGGGCGCUCUGCAGAAUCCGCCACUCACUCUUCGCACUCAAGCUCUUCAAGCUGGUCAUAUAUCACCCGGUAGCGGUGGACCCAUGGACUCCUACUUCUCCCCCGGUCUCGAGUCACCCAUGUCGACACGCACGAGUUCCUCUUCCGGCAUGUUUCCAUUCCCACGCCAGCAGCUUCCCAACGGAUGGCAUGGAGACGACAACAAUCGUUUCACCGCUCCCGCCAUGGCUCGACACGCCUCUCGCGACGCUUCAAGUGGGUCUCACAUCAACGGUCGGAGUGCAGUAGGACGACCAUCUCUGGUACCAAAUGCAGCUUCCCAAAGUGCUAUGAACUCACAAAUCCGCCUUCGUUCAGCUAGUAGUCCCGACAUUCACAACCACCUUGUCGGCGCACAGCGGCGUACUCCAGGCGGCUCCGUACCAGACGUUCCCCCUUUUCCUACCCACUACGCUUACAACCCUGGUCUGGUGAACCGGAGCCAGAGUAAUUCCCCGAACAUCCCCACCUCCAUGCCCCGCCAGCAGUCUCCGAGCAUCCAAAGAGAAAAGCAAGCGCUUCGCACGCCCGGUUCCGAGAUCAACCUCCACUUCGAUUACCCCGAAGCCAACGCGCGGCAGGAUUCGCGCGUCACGCCAGGCUCUUCGAGAACUGCGACGCCAGCAUCUUCGUUUGAACAGGCAAGGACACAGACGCCAGCGGCCGACCGACCGGCUUCGCCGACGCUACCGUCAGCCCAGCCGUCGGACCUUCCGAUUCCCUCGCAAUUGAAGGUCAAGGUGCACUGUCCGUCGGCAGGUUCAACCAUGACGCUGGUCGUCAGCACCAACAUCAGCUUCCAGAGCCUCAAGGAUCGCAUCGACGCGAAAUUGCAGCGCAGUACCAACGUGAGUCUCAGUUCUGGACAAGUAAAGCUUAAGUAUCUCGACGACGAGGAUUACGUCAGCAUUCAAUCGGACGAGGACGUCCAGAUGGCGUUUGAGACGUGGAAGGAGCAGCAGCGAGACCAGCUCCUUUCCGGUCAGCUCGGCGAGAUUGAGCUCUUCUGCCAGAAGUGA